CUCUGAGCUUGUGUGUGUAAUAGAGAGAGAGGGGGGGACUAGCAGUAAUAGCAGCAGCGCUGGGAGAUAAUGAAGCUAAGAUGGCAGCACUGAGCGUGCAGCUCCCACCUUAGCAGCGACUGCUAUCAGGGAGAUCCUGGCCGGCGUAGUAGCGGCACACCCGGCCGGAACUUACUGCACAUACCGGGCUGAGCACAGGACGCCAGAGAGGGGAGCGCAGACCCCGGCCGCCGUGCCGAGAGGAUGGUGAGGCGCUCGGGGCGUGGGUUUGCGUGCGGAUUGCGGUGAUUCCGGGUGUGCACCAGGCUGCUGUCAGCGAGACGGACCGAGCGUCUGCCCGGCACGGACGCAGUGACCCGGGCCGGCUCUGCCCCAUGCUCCGGCCGCAGUGACACGCACACACAGCAGCCAGGAAGAUGAUGUGCGCAGCAACCGCACCCCCUCCUCCCCCGGCUCCCUCCUCUGGAGCGGCGGGCAACGGCUUCUUCCCCCUUCCCCCGGCUUCCUCGUCCUGCACGGCGCGCCUGAACAUGCCGGGGGCACAGGACAUCACCUCCGCGGCGCAGGCUGACUGCAGGAGCCGCUACCAGCUGCUGCUCUCCGGCAAGGCCCUGGCUGAGCGCUACCGGCAAAUCUACACCACUGCGGUGACUGACCGGGACCAGCAGGCGGGACAGUCGGCCAGGAAUAAGAAAAUUCUUAGCAAGAAAAAACUAAAAAGGAAGCAAAAGACCAAAUCAAAAGGGAAGCUCCGAAACAAGGCGGACAACCUGGAAAAUGCUCUCUUCAUACCUGACCUCAAACUCCACAGCAACCCUUCUGCAUUCAAUGUGUAUUGCAAUGUGCGUCACUGUGUCCUGGAAUGGCAGAGAAAGGAAACCUCCCUUUUGUUGUCUUCAAAGAACUCUGUGCAGAGUGGGGAGUCUGACAGCGAUGAAGAGGAGGAAUCCAAAGAUCCACCAGUCAAGCUUCCAAAGAUUAUUGAAAUUGGUUUAUGUGAAGUUUUCGAGUUAAUAAAGGAAACACGAUUUUCUCACCAAUCACUGUGUUUGAGGAGCUUACAGGCUCUGCUCAAUAUACUACAGGGUCAGCAACCAGAAGGACUGCAGUUAGAACCUCCAGAAGUAUUAGAAUCUCUCCUCCAGCUUAUUUUGGAAAUAACUGUUCGUAGUACAGGAGUCAAUGACAGCACUGGACAGUCGCUGACUGCACUCUCCUGUGCCUGCCUCUUCAGUCUGGUGGUAGCGUGGGGAGAAACAGGAAAAACCCUACAAGCCAUUUCGGCUAUUCUUACCAACAAUGGCAGCCAUGCUUGCCAAACUAUUCAGGUGCCAAUCAUUUUAAACUCUCUGCAGCGGAGUGUUCAAGCAGUUCUGGUGGGCAAAAUUCAGAUCCAGGACUGGUUUACAAAUGGGAUUAAAAAGGCUGCCUUGAUGCAAAAAUGGUCUCUGAAAGAUAUUCCUGUCGAUGAAGACGACCAGUGCCUCCUUCAGAGCGAUGGAUUCUUCCUCUACCUGUUAUGCAAAGAUGGCCUUUAUAAAAUUGGUUCUGGAUACAGUGGGACAGUGAGGGGCCACAUCUACAAUUCCACUUCCCGCAUCAAGAGCCGAAGAGAGAAGAAGUCUUGGUUAGGUUAUGCUCAGGGUUACUUGCUUUACAGAGAUGUGAGCAAUCAUAGUAUGACAGCCAUACGGAUUAACUCCGAGACUUUGGAACAGGAUGGAACAGUAACUGUGCCAGAUUGUAAUGCUGAUGGACAGAACAUCCUCUUUACUGAUGGGGAGUUCAUAAACCAGAUUGCUGCUUCUAAAGAUGAUGGAUUUGUAGUACGGAUAUUUGCAACCAGCACAGAGCCUGUACUGCAGCAAGAACUACAACUUAAACUGGCUCGUAAAUGUUUGCAUGCUUGUGGCAUUUCAUUAUUUGAUUCGGAGAAAGAUUUGCAUAUCAUAAGUACUGGCUUUGACGAGGAAUUGGCUGUUCUGGGAGCAGGAAGAGAAUUUGCACUAAUGAAGACUUCAAGUGGAAAGAUUUAUUACACUGGUAAAUAUCAGAGCCUCGGAAUCAAGCAAGGUGGUCCCUCUUCUGGAAAGUGGGUGGAACUCACAAUAACAAAAUCCCCAAAGAUUAUCCAGUUUUCUGUCGGUCAUGAUGGCUCCCAUGCCUUACUCACUGCUGAUGAUGGGAGUGUGUUUUUCACUGGAACAGCUAGUAAAGGGGAAGACGGAGAGUCAACAAAAAGCAGAAGGCAGUCGAAACCAUACAAACCGAAAAAAAUGAUAAAAAUGGAUGGCAAGUUUGUUAUAAGCACUGCUUGCAAUAACGGGAGCAGCUCCGUCAUUACCAGGGAUGGUGAGCUGUAUAUGUUUGGGAAAGAUGCCAUCUAUUCUGACAACUCCAAUUUGGUAACAGACCUGAAAGGACAUUUGGUGGUCCAGGUGGCGAUGGGGAAAGCCCAUACUUGUGUUUUGACUAAGAAAGGUGAGGUGUGGACAUUCGGAGUUAAUAACAAAGGGCAAUGUGGAAGAGACACAGGAGCUUUGAGCCAAGGAGGGAAAGGCUUUGGAGUUGAAAAUAUGGCAACUGCUAUGGAUGAAGACCUUGAGGACGAGCUGGAUGAAAAGGAUGAUAAAUCUGUGAUGUGUCCCCCUCGAAUGCACAAGUGGAAGCUGGAAUAUUGCAUGAUUUGCACAGUGUGUGGAGACUGUACAGGAUAUGGAGCUAGUUGUGUCAGUAGUGGGCGGCCAGAUCGUGUACCAGGAGGAAUUUGUGGCUGCGGCUCUGGAGAGUCUGGCUGUGCAGUGUGUGGGUGCUGCAAGGCUUGUGCUAGGGAACUUGAUGGUCAUGAGGCACGACAAAGAGGAAUCCUGGAUGCAGUGAAGGAGAUGAUACCUUUGGACUUGCUCCUAGGUAAAGCUGUGCCUGUGCCAGGGGUUAAUAUCGAUGAGCACCUUCAAUUACGACAAGAGGAUAAGAGACAGCGGGUCAACAGGAGACACAGGAUAGAUGAAGGGAGAGGCAAUAAUAAACCAAAUGGAAAUUUAGGCCCUUUUGUAUUUCCUGGUCCUAAUUUUAUGAACCACCGAGAACAGGCUCUAGCCAGACUAAGAGCUCUACCACCACAGCUAAAGCAUAAGCGGGACAAGAAAAAAGAUGAGGGCAGAGAACAAGCAGAGAAAGAUGCCAGCAAAAUCACAACUUACCCUCCUGGAACUGUCCGCUUUGACAGUGAGCUGCGGGCUGUUCAAGUUAGCUGUGGGUUCCACCAUUCAGUGGUUUUAAUGGAAAAUGGUGACGUAUACACUUUUGGCUAUGGUCAACAUGGACAAUUGGGUCAUGGCGAUGUUAGUUGCAGGGGUUGUCCAACGUUGGUACAGGCACUGCCAGGCCCAAGUACUCAAGUCACGGCAGGGAGCAACCACACAGCAGUGCUGUUAAUGGAUGGACAAGUGUUUACAUUUGGAAGUUUUUCGAAAGGACAGCUUGGAAGACCAAUCUUAGACAUGCCUUAUUGGAAUGCAAAGCCAGCACCCAUGCCCAACAUUGGCUCAAAAUACGGAAGGAAAGCAACGUGGGUUGGUGCAAGUGGAGACCAGACCUUCCUACGGAUAGAUGAAGCACUUAUAAACUCCCAUGUCUUAGCCACAUCAGAAAUUUUUGCAAGUCGACAUAUAAUAGGUCUAGUACCAGCUUCUAUGACUGAGCCCCCACCAUUUAAAUGCCUUCUUAUCAAUAAAGUUGAUGGAAGCUGUGCUACUUUUAAUGACUCCGAACAAGAGGAUCUGCAAGGUUUUGGGGUUUGCUUGGACCCAGUCCAUGAUGUUAUUUGGAGAUUUCAGGCCAGCACAAGAGAGUUUUGGUGUUACAAUGCUGUCAUAGCAGACUCCAGGCUACCAUCCGCCCCUGACAUGCAGCUAAGAUGUAGCAUUCUUAGCCCAGAGCUGGCACUGCCUACAGGACAAAAAGCUGUAACCACUCGAUCACAUGCAGCUUUGCAUAUACUAGGUUGUCUCGACACACUGGCUGCAAUGCAAGACUUGAAGAUGGGCGUCUCGAGUACUGAAGAGGAAACUCAAUCAGUGUUGAAAGUUUAUUCCAAGGAAGAUUACAGUGUUGUUAAUAGAUUUGAAAGUCAUGGUGGAGGCUGGGGGUAUUCUGCACAUUCGGUGGAAGCGAUACGUUUCUGUGCAGAUACAGACAUCCUACUUGGAGGACUGGGCCUUUUUGGCGGUAGAGGGGAAUACACAGCAAAAAUAAAGUUAUUUGAACUGGGGUCAGAUGGAGGUGACCAUGAAACAGAUGGGGACUUACUGGCAGAGACUGAUGUUCUUGCAUACGACUGUGCAGCCAGAGAGAAAUAUGCAAUGAUGUUUGAUGAGCCCGUCCUUUUACAAGCUGGCUGGUGGUAUGUGGCAUGGGCCCGCGUGUCAGGUCCCAGCAGUGACUGUGGCUCUCAUGGACAGGCUUCAAUCACUACUGAUGAUGGAGUUGUUUUCCAGUUCAAAAGUUCCAAAAAAUCAAACAAUGGUACAGAUGUCAAUGCAGGUCAAAUACCACAGUUGUUGUAUAGGUUGCCAACAAGUGAUGGAAGUGCUGCCAAAGGAAAGCAGCAGGUCUGUGAGCCGGUGCAUAUCCUGAAAAGAUCAUUUGCUCGUUCCGUUUCAGUGGAGUGUUUUGAAUCCCUGCUGAGCAUUUUGCAUUGGAGUUGGACCACUUUGGUUCUAGGUGUAGAAGAGCUAAGAGGGCUGAAAGGUUUUCAGUACACUGCUACUCUGCUGGAUUUGGAACGAUUGCGCUUUGUGGGGACAUGCUGUUUACGCUUAUUACGAGUUUACACUUGUGAAAUAUACCCUAUAUCAGCAUCCACUAAACCAGUUGUAGAAGAAUCAAGUAAACUGGCUGAUUGCAUUGGGAAAACUAGGACAUUGCUAAGGAAGAUACUUUCUGAAGGUGUGGAUAACUGCAUUAUGAAACUAGACAAUGACCCUCAAGGAUAUCUCAGCCAGCCUUUAAGUUUGCUGGAAGCUGUUCUCCAGGAGUGUCAUAACACCUUUACAGCCUGCUUCCAUUCAUUCUACCCCACCCCUGCACUCCAGUGGGCCUGUCUAUGCGACUUGCUUAACUGCUUGGAUCAGGAUAUUCAGGAAGCUAAUUUCAAAACAUCAAGUAGUCGUCUGCUUGCUGCAGUUAUGUCGGCUCUUUGCCACACUUCUGUGAAGCUCACUUCCAUCUUUCCCAUUGCCUAUGAUGGAGAAGUCCUCCUACGUUCCAUGGUGAAACAAGUUAGCACAGAAAAUGACACUGCAUUGGCUCAUCGCUUUCCUCUGCUGGUGUCAAGUAUGGAGAAACUCAGUCAGAGCGAGGAAAAUGUCUCUGGUAUGACCAGCUUUCGCGAGGUUCUGGAGAAGAUGCUGGUCAUUGUUGUGCUACCUGUAAGGAACAGUUUACGCAGGGAACAUGAACUGUUUUCUUCACACCUUGUAUCCAACACUUGUGGCCUCUUGGCUAGCAUUGUCAGUGAGCUAACAGCAUCUGCUCUCGGAUCGGAGGUUGAUGGAUUAAACUCUCUGCACUCAGUAAAAUCCAGUCCUAAUCGCUUCACCAAGACAAGCCAGGGUAGAAGCUGGAACACUGGGAAUGGCUCUCCAGAUGCAAUUUGCUUCUCAGUAGACAAACUUGGAGUUGUGGUCGUUGGCUUCUGUGUUUAUGGAGGAGGAGGAGUCCAUGAGUAUGAACUAGAGGUUUUGGUAGAUGAUAGUGACCACUCUGGUGACGCAGGACACUCUCAUAGAUGGACAUCACUAGAGCUGGUGAAAGGCACUUAUACAACUGAUGAUUCACCCAGUGAUAUUGCUGAAAUUAGGUUGGACAAGGCUGUGCCUUUGAAGGAGAACAUGAAAUAUGCAGUGCGCCUGAGAAAUUAUGGGAGCCGCACAGCUAAUGGGGAUGGAGGAAUAACCACUGUUCAGUGCCCCGAUGGUGUGACCUUCACAUUCAGUUCCUGCAGUUUAAGUAGUAACGGUACAAAUCAAACCAGAGGGCAAAUUCCACAAGUAUUAUAUUACAGGAGUGAGUACGAUGGAGACCUUCAGUCACAACUCUUGAGUAAAGCCAAUGAAGAAGACAAAAAUUGCAGCAGAGCUCUUUCUGUGGUAAAUGCUGUAACCAAAGCUGCCAAGGACCUACUGCACAGAGCCCUAGCUGUCGAUGCUGAUGACAUUCCAGAGCUGCUUAGUUCUUCCAGUCUAUUUUCUAUGCUGCUUCCCCUUCUGAUAGCUUACAUUGGACCAGUAGCAGCUGCCAUUCCAAAGGCGGCUGUUGAAGUUUUUGGUCUUGUUCAACAAAUACUUCCUUCAGUUGCUAUUUUGAACCAGAAAUAUGCCCCUCCUCUCUUCAACCCAAAUCAGUCCACCGACAGCACGACAGGGAAUCAACCGGAGCAGCUUUCUGCAUGUACUACCUCCAAUCACUAUGCCGUGUCUGAAAGUGAGCACCCUUACAAACCAGCCAGUGUGAUGCAGUAUAAGGUUUCCUUCCCUGAGUGUGUUAAAUGGAUAUCUGUGGAGUUUGACCCACAGUGUGGCACAGCUCAGCCUGAGGAUGUUUUACGCCUCAUGAUCCCCGGACGACAUGCACAUCUCUCAGGUUUUGGACCAAAGCUUCUUGUUCAUGAAAGCCUUAAUUCCUGGGUUGAGCUUAAGAAAUUUUCGGGUUCUUCUGGUUGGCCAACUUCUGUCUUAAUUUUACCAGGAAAUGAGGCUUUGUUCUCCCUUGAAACUGCAUCCGACUAUGUUAAAGAUGAGAAGGCCUGCUUCUAUGGCUUCAAGUGUUUUGCAAUUGGAUAUGAAUUUAGUCCAGGAACUGAUGAGGGGAUUAUUCAAUUGGAAAAAGAGUUGGCCAACCUAGGAGGCAUAUGUGCUGCUGCUUUAAUGAAGAAAGAUCUUGCUCUCCCCAUUGGCAGCGAAUUGGAAGAAGAUCUGGAAAUUGUUGAAGAGGCUGCCCUGCAGGUGUGCAAAACCCAUUCAGGAAUAUUAGGGAAAGGACUUGCUCUAUCACAUUCUCCAACUAUUCUGGAGGCUUUAGAGGGAAAUCUCCCACUGCAAAUACAAAGUAAUGAGCAGUCCUUUUUGGAAGACUUCAUCACUUGCAUGCCCGGGUCCAGCGGUGGAAGACUGGCAAGGUGGCUUCAACCAGACUCCUAUGCUGAUCCACAGAAGACUUCAUUAAUUCUUAAUAAAGAUGAUAUCAGAUGUGGCUGGCCCACCACUAUAACUGUACAGACAAAAGAUCAAUAUGGGGAUGUUGUUCAUGUACCCAAUAUGAAGGUGGAAGUGAAAGCUGUACCUGUGUCCCAAAAAAAGACUUCCAUGCAGCAGGAGCAGCUGAAAAAACUUCCCCGAAUACCAGGCAGCCCGUCAUCCACAGCUUCUGCUAGCUCUGAUAUGACCUUUGGUGGUCUUCCUUCACCGAAACUUGAGGCUUCCUACGAACCAAUGAUUGUGAAGGAAGCCCGUUACAUUGCUAUCACAAUGAUGAAGGCAUAUGAAAGUUACUCAUUUGAAGAACUUCGAUAUGCCUCACCAAUGCCUAAAAGGCCAAGUGAAAACAUGUUAAUAAGAGUCAACAAUGAUGGCACCUACUGUGCAAACUGGACUCCUGGAGCUGUUGGUCUUUACACAAUACAUGUUACCAUAGAUGGAAUAGAAAUAGAUGCAGGUUUAGAAGUCAAGGUAAAGGACCCACCUAAAGGGAUGAUUCCCCCUGGAACCCAGUUAGUAAAACAAAAAGUAGAGCCUCAACCCAAUAAGGUUCGCAAAUUUGUGGCGAAGGACAGUGCAGGGCUCCGUAUUCGUAGCCACCCCUCCCUUCAGAGUGAGCAGAUAGGCAUAGUGAAAGUCAAUGGAACCAUCGCUUUUAUUGAUGAGAUCCACAAUGAUGAUGGUGUGUGGCUAAGACUGAAUGAUGAGACAAUAAAGAAGUAUGUUCCUAACAUGAAUGGUUACAAUGAAGCUUGGUGCCUGUCAUUUAAUCAGCAUCUUGGCAAGAGUCUACUGGCACCUGUUGAUAAUAUCUUUUAUGCUAGCCAAGGAGCCAGGGACUUGGACUUUUUAUCUUGGACUUCUAAAGCUUUUUUUCCUCAGGAUCAGGUUGUAAAUGCAGAGGAUAUACUGAAAGAUUUCAAUGUGCAUUGUGCACAGGAGAUGACGAUGGGAGAACAUGAAGUCCCAGUUCUUAGGGGCGGACCAGGAUUCUACAAGGUAGUGAAGACUGGGCCCUCUGGUCACAACAUCAGAAGCUGCCCAAACCUAAGAGGUAUCCCAAUUGGAAUGUUAGUACUGGGAAACAAAGUCAAGGCUGUGGGCGAGGUGGUCAGUGCAGAAGGUACAUGGGUACAGCUGGACAAGAACAGCAUGGUAGAGUUCUGUGAAAAUGAUGAAGGCGAGGCUUGGUCCUUGGCUAGAGAUGCCGGUGGCAAUCAAUAUCUCCGUCAUGAGGAUGAGCAAGUAUUGGAACACAGCUCUCAGACUCCGCCUCCAAGUCCAUUUUCCAUUCAGAUAUUCCGCCGUAGUGCAAGUGGAAACAUCAUGCCAGGCUUUGAUUAUGGUCUUGGGAAUAACAAAGGUGAUCAGCUGAGUGCCAUACUGAAUUCCAUUCAGUCACGGCCUAGUUUGCCAGCUCCUUCCAUCUUUGAUCAAGCUGCAAAACCUCCCUGUUCCCUAGUCCACAGCCCAUUUGUGUUCGGACAGUCCCCCUCCUUCCAGCAGCCUCAGCCUUCGCUUCAGAAUGAAAGGGGUCAUCUGACUGUUGCUGCCAAGCCAGUUGCUACGGUGAACAAAUCAGACUUACCUUCAAAACACAGAGUUGAGAGCAAAUCUCCAAAACCAGAUGGACGAGUAAGUCGAUUUAAUGCUGAUCAGAAGAAGCCUGGAAAUAGUGAGGGGCUCUCAGCAAGCGAAUCUCUUCUGCUGAAAUGUGAUGCUGCAAAGCUGAGAUCAGACUCUCACAGCCGAUCGCUGUCACCGAACCACAACACUCUCCAGAUUCUGAAAUCUGAUGGAAAAGCAUCUGGUCUCCGAUCUGAAUCUCCAGGACCUGGUUCACGUUCCACAUCGCCAAAGCCAAAGACUGUGCCUGCAGGGAAGCUUAAUAUGUCUAGUGCAGGUGCAACACGCUCCGCAUCUCCACAAGAGAAAAACCUACCUCAAAAAACUGUUGUUCCCACAAAGACGAAACUUGAGCCACCACGGGAAAGGUCCAAGUCAGAUUCCUAUACUUUAGAUCCUGAUACACUGCGCAAAAAGAAAGUACCUUUCACAGAACCAUUAAGAGGACGGUCCACUUCACCCAAACCAAAAACACCACAGAAAGAUGGCAAAGCAACAGGUGGCAGUGAAAACAGAGCUCCAUCUCCUCAUGUUGUUCAGGAGAAUCUGCACAGUGAGGUUGUAGAGGUUUGUUCCUCUAGUACUUUAAAAACAAAUAGCAUUAUAGACAGCACUUGUGAGGACAAUACAGAUGUGAAAAGUGUUGAUGAUGGCUCAUCCAAAGUCCAUUUUAGCAUUGGAAAAGCACCCCUAAAAGAAGAGCAAGACACGCGGGCAUCUCCCAAAGUAAGCCGCAAGAGCCCUGGUAGGCACGUUCGACCCAAAAAAGAGAAAGCAAAUCUUCUUUUCAAAGAAGCAUCAAGAUCUGCUGAACCAGCAAAGGAAGCAAUGUCUCCAUCUGUAGCAGAGUGUGCCAGAGCUGUGUUUGCAGCUUUUCUGUGGCAUGAAGGUAUAGUUCAUGAUGCCAUGGCUUGCUCAUCUUUUCUGAAAUUCAAUCCAGAACUUUCCAAAGAACAUGCACCCAUUAGAAGCAGCCUCAACAGCCAGCAACCUACUGAAGAAAAAGAAGCUAAGUUAAAGAAUAGGCACUCAAUAGAAAUAUCAUCUGCUCUCAACAUGUUUCAUAUUUCACCUCAUGGGCCAGAUAUAUCAAAAAUGGUCAGUAUUAAUAAGAACAAAGUCUUGUCAAUGCUCACUGAGAGGACUCUCCAUGAGAAGUGUGAGGAUGGCAAGCAGGAGACUUCACAAUAUGAGGUUUCCAAUCACCAUCCUGUUAAGUCGAGAUCCCCUCUUCCUUUAACGCUUCAGCACCUUGUCGCUUUUUGGGAGGAUAUCUCUUUGGCAACCAUAAAAGCAGCUUCCCAGAACAUGAUCUUCCCCAGCCCUGGUUCUUGUGCAGUCUUAAAGAAAAAAGAAGGUGAGAAGGACAGCAAGAAAUCAAAGAAGGAGAAAAAGAAGAAGGACAAGGCAGAGGCCAGGCCACGUGGUAAUCUGUUUGGUGAAAUGGCCCAGCUGUCAGUUGGAGGACCGGAGAAAGACACAAUUUGUGAGCUGUGCGGAGAGUCUCACCCAUAUCCAGUGACGUAUCACAUGCGUCAGGCACAUCCAGGCUGUGGAAGAUAUGCUGGUGGCCAAGGAUAUAACAGCAUAGGACACUUUUGUGGAGGAUGGGCUGGAAACUGUGGUGAUGGCGGAGUGGGUGGAAGCACUUGGUACUUAGUCUGUGAUCGCUGCAGAGAGAAGUAUCUCCGAGAAAAACAGGCUGCUGUAAGAGAAAAGGUAAAGCAAUCCAGACGGAAGCCGGUGCAGGUGAAAAUCCCCCGUGCUUUACCCACCAUGGAAGCUCAUCAAGUAAUAAAAGCCAAUGCACUCUUUCUGCUCUCUUUGAGCAGUGCAGCAGAGCCGAGCAUUCUGUGUUACCACCCUCCAAAGCCUCUUCUAUCUCAGCUGCCCAGUGUAAAAGAGGGCAUUUCUGAAGAUCUGCCCCCCAAAAUGCAGUGCCUCUACCUGCAGACUUUGGCAAGACAUCAUCAUGAGAACUUUGUUGGCUAUCAGGAUGACAACCUCUUCCAGGAUGAAAUGAGGUAUCUUCGCUCUACGUCAGUACCUGCUCCUUACAUAUCAGUCACUCCUGAUGCCUGUCCUAAUGUCUUUGAAGAACCAGAGAACAAUAUGAAAUCAAUGCCUCCCAGCCUAGAAACAAGCCCCAUUACAGACACUGACUCCGCUAAACGUACAGUCUUCCAGCGAUCUUACUCUGUGGUGGCCUCUGAGUAUGACAAGCAGCACUCUGUCCUCCAGCCACGGGUGAAAGCUAUUCCCAGGCGCAGAGUCAACAGUGGAGAUGCUGAAGUUGGUUCCUCGUUGUUGAGACACCCAUCGCCAGAGCUGUCUCGCUUGAUUUCUGCCCAUAGCUCAUUGUCAAAAGGAGAAAGAAACUUUCAGUGGCCGGUCUUGGCAUUUGUUAUUCAACACCAUGAUCUAGAAGGUCUAGAAAUUGCCAUGAAACAGGCACUAAGGAAGUCUGCCUGCCGGGUCUUUGCUAUGGAGGCUUUCAAUUGGCUGCUUUGCAAUGUCAUCCAGACUACAUCUCUGCAUGAUAUAUUAUGGCACUUUGUGGCAUCUCUCACUCCUGCACCCAUGGAACCAGAAGAGGAGGAGGAUGAGGAGAAUAAGGCAAAUAAAGAGAAUGCAGAACAAGUAUGUGCUGAAAAAGAUACAAGAGUGUGUGAGCAUCCACUUUCAGACAUAGUUAUUGCUGGAGAAGCAGCACAUCCCUUGCCCGACACAUUCCAUCGUCUUCUCCAAACUAUUUCUGAUUUAAUGAUGUCCCUUCCUGGGGGUAGCUCACUGCAACAGAUGGCACUGAGGUGCUGGAGUCUUAAGUUCAAGCAGUCGGACCACCAGUUUCUUCACCAGAGUAAUGUAUUCCAUCACAUUAACAACAUUCUCUCCAAGUCCGAUGACGGAGACAGUGAGGAGAGUUUCAACAUCAGUAUACAGUCUGGCUUUGAAGCAAUGAGCCAGGAACUGUGUCUGGUCACUGCUCUAAAAGACACGACCAGCAUUGUGGACAUUAAGACUUCUAGCAGACCAGCGAUGAUUGGAAGCUUAACAGAUGGGUCUACUGAAACAUUCUGGGAAUCAGGAGAUGAAGAUAAGAAUAAAACAAAAAGCAUCACAAUAAAUUGUGUGAAAGGCAUAAAUGCACGCUAUGUAUCGGUCCAUGUAGACAACUCUCGCGACUUAGGGAACAAAGUCACUUCAAUGACCUUUUUAUGUGGCAAGACUGUGGAAGACCUAUGUAGAAUUAAGCAGGCUGAGCUGGAUACCAGACACAUUGGUUGGGUAACAAGCGAGCUUCCAGGAGGGGAUAAUCACAUCAUGAAGAUUGAGAUGAAAGGUCCAGAGAAUACACUGAGAGUGCGACAAGUAAAAGUGCUUGGCUGGAAAGAUGGCGAGUCCAUUAAAAUAGGUGGACAGAUUUCCGCCAGUGUGGCUCAGCAAAGGAACUGCGAAGCCGAGACGCUACGUGUGUUCAGACUGAUAACAUCACAGGUGUUUGGCAAGCUGAUCUCUGGAGAUGCUGAGCCUACACCCGAGCAAGAGGAAAAAGCUCUGCUGUCUUCACCUGAAGGAGAUGAAAAGGCAACAUCUGAUGCUGACCUGAAGGAGCACAUGGUUGGCAUAAUAUUUAGCAGGAGUAAACUCACAAAUCUACAAAAACAGGUGUGUGCUCACAUAGUGCAAGCUAUCAGAAUGGAGGCAACUCGUGUUCGUGAAGAGUGGGAGCAUGCAAUUUCCAGUAAGGAGAAUGCAAAUUCGCAGCCAAAUGAUGAAGACGCCUCCUCUGAUGCUUACUGCUUUGAGCUGCUGUCCAUGGUGCUUGCUCUGAGCGGAUCCAAUGUUGGCAGACAGUAUUUAGCUCAGCAGCUGACGUUACUGCAAGAUCUCUUCCACCUGCUGCACACGGCUUCCCCCAGAGUGCAGAGACAAGUAACGUCAUUGCUGCGUCGUGUCUUACCUGAGGUGACUCCAUCUCGCCUUGCUAGUAUCAUAGGUGUAAAGUCUCUCCCACCAGCUGAUAUCAGUGACAUUAUACACUCAACUGAGAAAGGAGACUGGAACAAGCUUGGUAUCUUAGAUAUGUUCCUGGGAUGCAUUGCUAAGGCACUCACAGUCCAGUUGAAGGCCAAGGGUACACCAAUCACUGGCACGGCAGGAAUGAGUGCUGGGAAAGGGGUCACUACUGUCACUUUGCCAAUGAUUUUUAACUCCAGUUACCUGAGAAGAGGUGAAAGUCACUGGUGGAUGAAGGGUUCUACGCCAACUCAGAUCUCAGAGAUCAUUAUUAAAUUAAUUAAAGACAUGGCAGCUGGGCACCUUUCAGAGGCAUGGUCUCGUGUUACAAAAAAUGCAAUUGCAGAGACAAUCAUUGCACUGACAAAGAUGGAGGAGGAGUAUCGGUCCCCUGUAAGAUGUAUCGCCACCACCAGGCUAUGGCUGGCUGUAGCAUCAUUGUGUGUGCUUGACCAAGAUCACGUGGACCGGUUAUCUUCUGGGAGGUGGAUGGGGAAGGAUGGCCAGCAAAAACAAAUGCCAAUGUGCGACAAUCAUGACGAUGGUGAAACUGCGGCAAUCAUUUUAUGCAAUGCUUGUGGGAACUUGUGCACAGACUGUGAUCGAUUUCUGCACCUCCACCGGCGAACAAAAUCCCAUCAAAGACAGGUGUUCAAAGAAGAGGAAGAGGCAAUCAAGGUUGAUCUGCAUGAGGGCUGUGGAAGAACAAAGUUAUUCUGGUUGAUGGCUCUUGCAGACUCUAAAACCAUGAAAGCCAUGGUGGAAUUCAGAGAGCAGACAGGGAAGCCUGCGAGCAGCAGCUCUGAAACAUGCCGUUUCUGUGGCUCCAGAAAUGGGACGGAGUUAUCAGCUGUGGGCAGUGUGUGCUCUGAUGCAGAUUGCCAGGAGUAUGCAAAGACCGCCUGUAGCAAGACCCAUCCAUGUGGGCAUCCAUGUGGGGGGGUGAAGAAUGAGGACCACUGUUUGCCUUGCCUGCAUGGUUGCGAUAAAAGUGCAACCAGUCUGAAACAGGACGCUGAUGACAUGUGCAUGAUAUGCUUUACAGAAGCACUUUCAGCUGCUCCUGCUAUCCAGCUGGAUUGCAGCCACGUGUUUCACCUGCAGUGCUGUCGACGGGUUCUGGAAAACAGGUGGCUGGGGCCACGGAUAACCUUUGGCUUUAUGACCUGUCCUAUUUGCAAGAACAAAAUAAAUCAUACAGUGUUAAAGGAUCUUCUGGAUCCAAUCAAGGAUCUUUAUGAAGAUGUAAGAAGAAAGGCUCUGAUGAGGCUGGAAUAUGAAGGACUGCACAAGAGUGAAGCAAUCACAACUCCGGGAGUCCGAUUUUAUAAUGACCCAGCCAGCUAUGCUAUGAACAGAUACGCUUACUAUGUCUGCUACAAAUGCAAAAAGGCAUAUUUUGGUGGUGAAGCGCGUUGUGAUGCAGAAGCCGGCCAAGGAGAUGACUAUGAUCCAAGAGAGCUGAUUUGUGGAGCUUGUUCAGAUGUAUCCAGGGCUCAGAUGUGCCCAAAACACGGUACAGAUUUCCUAGAAUACAAGUGUCGUUACUGCUGCUCGGUGGCUGUCUUUUUCUGCUUUGGAACAACACAUUUUUGUAAUGCUUGCCACGAUGACUUCCAGAGAAUGACCAGCAUACUUAAAGAAGAACUUCCACAUUGUCCUGCAGGUCCAAAAGGUAAACAACUUGAAGGAACAGAGUGUCCUCUUCAUGUAGUCCACCCACCCACUGGAGAAGAGUUUGCCUUGGGUUGUGGAGUGUGCAGAAAUGCCCACACGUUUUAAAUGAGCCUAUUAUUAUUAUUUUCCUUUUUUGGAGAAGAUUGCGACAGUCUAUAGCAGUCCGUCACGCCAGGCAGGUUCUGGACGACAGCCUCCGGUCAGGAUGGGACCACAUAAAGAGUGUGCGAACAAGGUUAAACAGGAAGGACCCACCAGAUACAGCUGUGUAUUCACAAUCCAUGCUCUUCAAACCAAAUGUUAAAAUAUUCUUUUGAAACUGAAACGUUGAUAACGCGAGGUGCUUGCAUGUGGUCAUUACGUAUAGCACCAUUGACAAGGCAUCAGAUGUGUACAAACAUGCCUGUAUACACAGCAUAUAGAACGGCUCCCCAUAUCAAGGAUAUAUAAAUAAAUGUAUACAGUAUAUGUAUGACCAGAAGAGGAAUUACAGUAAUGAGCACUGACUUUCCAAUAGCCCUGUACAGUAGACCUGCCUCGUGGAGAAAGGGGAGAAUGAUUAUCUUCUAGACUGUUAAUAUAACUAUCUGGUUGCUGGAGAGCUGUGCUGUGUGCUCAGCAGAGAAUGCAGACAUACUGCAUUUGGUGGGCACAGAAUCUUUACAAGGUAUAAAAGUUGUAACAAAUGCUGUACAUAGUACAUAAAGAUAUCAAUGUUUGUCCUGUAUAAGAUUUAUUACAUUACAAAGGCAGUUUCAUUUAAACUUCUGGGUUAUGUUUGAGCCUGAAAUUUUAAUGAAGUGCAAUACUGAGUGUGCCUCAUAUCUUUGCAGCUGUAAACUUUAUGGAAUGUACAUGUCAAAAAAAGCCACUGUACAUUUUUAUACAGUGACAGUCUGGUGAAUGUUUAGGAUCUUAUUUAAGAGGAAUGGCUUUUAAAAAGAAAAAAAUAAAGAGUUAAAUCAU